GCAGAUGAAGGUCUGCCGUGUUUGUGUCGACCAACGUUCGCGUGGACGCUCGCGAGCGCGUCUCCUCGAGGUUCGGCCAGCUGACGAGCCGUCCGGCACCGCCGCCCGCUCCGGCGGAACCGACGUGAGGUGAAUUGGGUCCGCUUUUGACGGGUCCUGCCAGUGAGGCCGAGAGAUGGGCAUUUGGCAUUCGCUUUCUGGACCUCCCGAGUACACCAAACUGGCGGAGAAGACUGGCUUCACCUGUGAGCAGAUCGGAGUCCUGCACAAGCGAUUCAAGCAGCUGAGCCAUAAUGAAGACGCCCUGCGGAGGGAACACUUUGACGCCAUCCACGAUCUGGCCUGGAAUCCGAUCCGAGCGCAGAUCAUCGAGGCCUUCUUUGACAGGAGGAACCUGAUCCCACCCGGCGAGGGCUCGAUGGAGGAGAUCCACUUGGAGGAAUUCGUGCUGGUGAUGUCCCACUUCAAGCCGCCGUCGCUCAGCAUGACGGACGAGGAGCGCGACGGCGUCCGCCGGGAGAAGCUCAGAUUUUUAUUCAACAUGCACGACACGGACAACGAUGGAACCAUCACCCUGCAGGAGUACAGACACGUGGUGGAGGAGCUCCUCUCCCGCAGCGAGCACAUCAGCAAGGAAACGGCCGAAAGCAUCGCGGACGCCGCCAUGUUGGAGGUGGCGAGCAUAUCCGUGGGUCACAUGGAGCCUGACGAGUUCUACGAGGGCAUCACGUUCGAGCACUUCCUUAAGCUGCUGAACAGCUUCGAGAUUGAAGCCAAGAUGAACGUCCGCUUUUUGAAUAUGAACGCGUCCACGGUGUGCUUCUAACAUCAGAGCCGUGUGAGUCAUAAUAAAUAUGAAAAAAAAAAACAUGUAUAUAUGAUAUACACACACACACACACACAGGUACAAACACACAGUGCAGGGUAUGUUCCCGUACAGCCAGCGGUACGUGAAAAUCUGCAAUCUAGAGAUCCAAAAUCAAUUUUUCCCCUUCCCCGUUCGUGCGUUUUUAAUCUCAUUUCAAUUCAUGGAGACGCACGUUUACGAGGAUUCUGAAGCACCUCUUCUCACUCCGGCUGUCAAGAAAUGACAGAAAUGAUCGUAUAAGCACUCCGAGGAAAGGAAAACAAGACUCGCGCAUGCUUCAAGCAGUUCGGCGCUCCCACUUCACGUUAAUUAUAAAACUGACAAAAGACAGAUAUUGUAUAUUUAAAUCCAGAAUCGUUCAACCGAACUAUAUAACUUCAUUUAAAUGAUAGUCUGCUAAUUUAAUGCUAACAAAGCACCAUAAACGAGCUAGCAGCAAUUAUAAACGCUAGCUAAAAGGAGCCACAACGCAUACAAAUGGAAUAUAACGAUAUAUAAAGCUAUUAUUGUUUGAAUAACUCAAUUUUUUUUUUUUUUUUAAAGUCCACGCUUACCAAGAGAUGAUCGAGUGCAAUUUUUUUUCUACUGAUAAGCACAAGCGGCUUACACGUCGGCAGGCUGACACAAAGCAACGUAAGCGUCGCUGGCUAAUUUAAAGCGGCCCUCCGCAAGCUAGUUAGACGCCAUUUUGGGUCCGGCGCGGCUGACGCGGCGCUUUCAGUUGCCUUACCGGAACAAAUGCGCACAAAGUAAACGCUUUGUUAGUUAGCUAGCCGCAGACGGAAGUCCCCCCCCCGCCUUUUAUAGCCAUACACGCUCAAAGUCACAGAUAAUGCAGCGGAGCGUGACGACGGCCACCCCACGUGGUCACACACGGUGCCUCCACCUUGGAUGCAUAUUUUGCUGUUUAAUCAUGCAAAGUCCAUUUAGAUUUGACUAGCUGAUGAUCGGAAAUCUUCCAUUUGAAAAAAAAAAAAAAAAAAGUUUUCUAAUUUGUGUAUUAUAUUAGGGCUUUGCUGUGUACCUUGAAUUGUAUUUGGAAAAACUAUGCAAAUCCAUACAAAAUGUGCAUAUUUUCGCACAUUGUUACGUCUUUGUUUUACUAUGUUGGUGUUGGCAAAUAUGAAUAUCAUCAGCUUCUUGAAGCAAUAAUCCAGUAAUGCUUUUUCUAUGCAAAUUCUGAGGGUUAGGUGGCCACAACAUUAGGUACACACACACAAAAACUAUUUGGACUAUUAUGGAAGGUCCGUGUGUUGAAUUGCAAAUAUUAUAAAACGCAAUUAUAUUGAUGGUGUGUAAAUGUCAUGCAGGUGACCUUAAUGUUGAAAAAAGAUAUUUCACGAUAAAAUACACU